CAUACCUAGAGAACUGACCAAGAGAAAAGAAAGAAAGAAGCAUUCAUUCUUAACCAAUCAGUACAGAGAGAUAUGACUAUGGAUUUAUCAACUUGUUCCGUAGAUACUUCUCUUAGUUUAUUUGACCUUAACAUCAAUCCUCUCAUGUAUUCUGAUCGUCUGAAUUCAACGAUGAACGGUACCGAAACAUCGAAGAUGACGGUUUCAGAGACACAACAGGCAAAUGUUUUAGCUGCUGAAUUGAAUAAAAUGGUGGAAGAGAACAAGAAACUGAGUGAGAUGUUAAUGGUGAUGCUCCAAAACUACAAUACUUUGCGAAAUCAUAUGAUGGAGCUAAUAAGUCGCAACAAGAACGCUGACAGCAGUAACAGUAGCAAAGGGAUGCAAGUAGCUACUCCACCAAAAAAGAGAAAGCUUGAAAACGAUAAUAAUAAUACUACUACUACCGGAGGAUAUGCAGAGAGCAGUUCAAGUGAGGAAGGUUACUCCAAACAAAAACCAAACACGAGUAUCGAAGAAUCCAAGAUCAAGAUAUCUACAGUUUACGCGAAGGCAGAUCCUUCCGAUAACCGCCUUGUAGUGAAGGAUGGCUAUCAAUGGAGAAAAUAUGGUCAAAAAGUUACAAGAGAUAAUCCAUCCCCGAGGGCUUACUUCAAGUGCUCUUUUGCUCCUACCUGUCUAGUAAAAAAGAAGGUGCAAAGAAGUGUGGAAGAUCAAUCGGUCUUGGUGGCAACGUAUGAAGGUGAACACAAUCACCCACACCCAUCUCAAACCGACGCAAUUCUGGCCGGUUCCAACGUCCGUGGUCAACCAAACAUAGGUUCAGUUCCUUGUUUGACUUCAAUCAACUCUUCAGGACCAACUAUUACACUUGAUCUUACCCAACCUGGAUUAAGUCAUCAUCAAGAUAUUGGUGCCCAUAAAUCUAACUCCGAUGAGAUAACCAAGUCGCCGGUCUUUUAUCAGUUUUUGAUUGAGCAAAUGGCUUCUAACUUAUCGAAAGAUCCUACUUUCAAAUCAGCGCUCGCAACCGCAAUUUCCGGAAGAUAUUUUCAGCAAUCUCUUGGCAACACAAAGUAUUAGAGAAAUGAAACGAAGCAGAUAAAUACCACGAACGGAAGAACUAUGAGCUCGUCCAGCACUUAUGGAACUUUUUUUAUAAGAAUAUAUUGAUCAAGAGAAGGGGACUAAACCAAAAAGUCCCAUUCUUAUAUGGUUCUUUGAAGUUAGGUCAUAAAAGCUUAGAUUUUAUGUAAAUACAUAUCAAUUUUUGUUUGAAAUACUCCUGAUUAGAUUAAAUAUAUGUGAUCAUUUUUCAUGAAACUUCAACUAUGAGUUUCGACCA